CAGCGAUGAAGCAGAGGCGAUGUUUAUAUGGAUGAAUCUCGGUUGAUGACGGCAAAGCGGACGCGCUGUCGAAAUCGGCUUCGGGUAGUUCCGCCAACUUAACUUGCGCCAAGAUGUAAAGCAAACAAGUGUCAAUAGCAGAAUCCUUCUAAAUUUAGGGUCGUAUUCGAAGGACGCUAGCCUGGUGGCAAAGAGCUUGUGACAUAUGCUCACAAAGUGCAUAUAAAGAGUGUUUCACGCUCAACCAAUCUUUUCCACCAAGUCUCAUCAGUAUACCCUCACCAAACCAUUAGACGCAAGUGUGAUAGCACGCAGGCUGCAUUGGGAUAUCCACCCCCGCCACCAAUCAUUGCGUCCAGUGCUCAGAUAUUCGCCUAUCAUGCGAAUACUACCCACGAGCAUUGCGGCAAUCGCCCUUUGGGUCGUUCUUGCAAUAUCGAGUCCAGCUAGCAGCAACGCAAUGCUGGAUCCACACAAGGUGGCUGCAGAGCUCUAUGGUGACCAGCCUCAUGUCGCCAACGCGGAUGCGGCUGAACAUCGCAUUCGGCGUCGAGCAUUUGAGGGAAUCAACACCCUAGAACCGUAUGCCAACAGCAGUGAUUACUACAGCGAGUUAUCCAGGCCCGGAUAUGGUCUCUUCAUUUGGACGAACCUUGCGCGAUUGACACGGAUAAACUUGCGCAAUGGGAAAAAGCUCCCGUUACCCAAUAUCACCCUGGAGGAUUCAACUGAUCCGUACGCUCCCGCUGGGGGCCAGGCGAUUGUCAUGCAUUGGGAUCAAGCAGCGACGAAAUCCUACUUUAUACCCUUGGCGAUUUUCUUGGCCGCGAUCCUCAUCACCUUCCUGUCGACGUGCUGCAGCUGCUGUUGUAUUUGCUGCUGUCGGCGGAAGCGCUUGGGACGCAGUCAAAAAGACCCUUACAGCGGUGGACAAAAGUUCAUUGCGGCUUUUGGUCUAGCCUUAGUCACCUUGGCAUGGAUGGCGGCCAUAGCAGGUGGAAUCUCCGGCGCCCAUUUCUUCGGUCGUUCCGUUUAUAUUCUUUCGGAGACGGUCGACAACAGCUUCGUUGACGUUCAGCUCACGAUUGGGAACAUAAGUGGGGCCGUGAAUACCACCCUGGAUACCAUUCAGGUUGACACCAUCACGCAGUUAAAAAGCGCACUGGACAAAUGGAUCAGCAAAGACAAAUUACCCCCCAUUCAGACUAAAGUCGAUACAAUGGUGGGCGCAUGUCAGACGAUGGGACAGAAAGUCGACGAGCUGGUCACGCUUUCGGGAAUUCUCACCAAUGCCAAAGUCGCCGUAGCAGCGCCCAGCACUGGGUCCGUGGCAAAGAUUCAGAGUGGCCUGACUACCAACAACGCUGCGGCGCACAUGCUGACCACCUAUCAACCAAUCACGUUGGCGAAUGGCAAUUCCUACAUUUACAAAUGGAGAGGGCCCCUGCCUCCUCUGCUGCCAGAUCCGGCGAGCGUCGAAACUCCUCGUCAACAUGUUGACGGCUUGUCAGACCUCCAUGCUACAUUGCAAAAUGAAGUCAGCUCGGGGCUGGAUCUCACGGCUAUCGCUGCUGCCACUCAGGCGGCAGCGGGUGAUCUGAACGGCACAGUGACGGCUCGCGAGAGCGAUGGAAUUGACACUGUGACAAGGGACCUCACAACACAGGUGAAUGGCGAACGAGGCAAUCUCACAACGACCAUCCUGGACCUCAAUACGACCAUCGGCGAUACUCACAGCGACAUGCAAAGUUACACCUCAUAUUCUACCAAAUAUGAGCUCUACAGAAUGCUUUUCAGCGCCGUUCUAUUCUCCUUGCCUGGAGUCAUCCUCCUCUUUGUCCUCAGUGGUGUUGGCGCAAAGAAACCGGGCAUGGUGCGCUGCUGCCUCUGCGGUUCUAUUCCGUACACGCUUCUGGCGUUGAUCGCGACGCUUUUUCUGUUCAUCUUCACUGUUAUACUGGGGGAGACAUGCACCCUCAUGUUCGAUCGUAGUGACAACGGAACGGCUCCCAUCGUCUCGAUUCUUGCAACUGUCGAUGCCGAUGCGGGCAACUACUAUGCGAAGGCAAUGGUGGCCCGCGACAGCUGUUUUGCUCAGAAACCGUUCUUGGAUAUCAUUGCUGCUGCUGUUCCGCAAUUCGACAUUGCGGAUCUCACCACCACGUUCGAACAGGUGGUUGAUGAACAAGAUUUCAGUGCGGCUACGAAAGCCAUCAGUUACAAAGAAAUGAUUGGAUCCAUCAAGGAUCCUCGUCUGGCCCAAGCUUUCGCCACGGGCCUUAGCACUCAAGUCAGCUCAUAUGAUAAUCCAAGCAAUUACAUUCUGGCACUCAAGACGUCCAUGACCAACCUGAAAACCAACCUAGAUAAUGUCGUCUCCAGUCUGCCGAGCACAUUGAACGACCCGGACCUCGACUCUGAUGCGACGGACGUGAACGACAGAGCGCUAAUUCUUCCGUACCUGCAGGCUGAUAUGCAGAGCGUGCGAAGCAAAUACGUUGCAAUCCAAGGCGAUGUUAAUUUGGCCAUCGAUCUCAUCAGCACCAUGCAGAGCUUGAAGAGCACCAGCAUGCCUACCAAGUCGGCCGAGAUCCAGACCGCUUCCAACGCGGUCCCAAAUGCUUUCAAUAGUAUGAACACCACCCUGACUCAAUUCUUCGACGACGUGCGCACCAACGUCACGAACGGAAUCCCUCCGUUGAAAGCGGCAAUCAAGGCACUGCUGCCUGAUGCCCUUGAUGUCAAUAUGAAUCCAAUCCGCUGCGACAAAAUCGCUAAAGACACCGUCGACCUCGAGAUGGGCGUCUGCGAUGGCGUGUUGACUGGUUUCGACGCCUUUUGGUUCACGUUCUUUAUCUUCGGAUCGGCCGGGGCGCUUACCAUUCCCGUGUUCAUCAGUGCCGCCAAUAGAUUGGCAGACCGAGAGGCAGGCAAACCGAAGGGCGCCCCGAGCAAAAAGGUGUUCAAGACCGGGAAAUCUAAAGAAGCAGAAGAUCGCGCCAAAGUUAAGACAAAAGGCAAAGGGAAGGUCGUUGAUGACAUGGAAAUCGGGCAAAUCAAAUGGACCGUCGCAACACCGGCGAGCGACGGCGCCGGAAACAUCGAGAAGACCGCCCUUAUUUCGCCCACGUCGGCCACGGGAGGAGUUAUGCCCAAUCCUCAGGCAAUGUAUCCGGACGCCGAUGCGCACCAGUAUGGGGGCCAGGAUGCAGGAUUCCAGUAUCAGAAUCCGCACCCACCAGUUGAGCUAAAUCAACCCCCGCAAUACGACGGCAGACCACAGCACACACGGGCUUCGUCCAUCUCGAAGCACAGUCAGCCGCAAGGAAGUUACCAGCCCUACCAGGGUGAGAGCGUCCACAUGCCUCAACCACAGUCGCAGAGGCAUUCGCACAUUCCGCAAUCCCCCAACGUAUUCAUGGACGACGGUCCCGAGAUGCGACCUUCCUGGUUAGGCCCCGCUGGUGGCGGCGCAGCGCAAGGUGGACCUAGCGACGGUAACUGGUCAAACGCGCAAUACAUGCCAAAGCCCCGCCACCCUAACGCUCCCCUGACACCAACAGAUAGUUACGCUGAAGAUGCAGGGGGAUACCAGGCCGCCGCACACUAUGCUCCUUCCAACAAUGGGCCCGACUACAGCCGAAGACUUUCCGCCGCGCCUCACCCGCAAGAGUAUGAACAAGUCGUCGACGAGUUCUCACGUAGAGUGAGCUCGCAAGUGCCGCCUAACCGGAACCGGCAGUCGUCGCAACAGCCUGGACAAUAUCAGCCCCAGUUUAAUGAGUAUAAUCCCCAUCACCAAGACCAGUGGGAUCAGUGAGGAGAACGAGCGAUUUUUACGAUCAGGAUUGGAUUACUCUAGGUGUACGGACGA